AUGAACAACCACUAAAUGGCGCAUCAUAGAUUUCAAAACAUAAACAGCAGACUUUUGAGGAUAUUAGAAAAAAGAAGGAAAUGGAUGCCACUGAAAAGUAAUGCGGAGAAGUAUGGCGCUUUAGGGGUGUAGCCUUGAAGAAGAAGAAGAAGAAGAAGAAGAAGAAGAAGAAGAGGACUAUCAACAGGAGUGUGUGUAAAGUUACAAGAAAAACAAACACAACUUUGCACGGUGGCUGGAAUCAUCCUGCUUUCACGGUGGAGUCAACAAGCGAAGAGUAAACUAUCAACAAGAAGAGACAAAGUCAAAGUGACCUAUGAAACUUCCUCCAGAGGAUGGCUACAGCUGGUCCAGUCUCCACCGAGGGAGCGAACUCCACUAAUGUGAUUACUCUCUUAUGGAGGAGGUGGUUCUUUCCUCAGAGAGGAGCUGCUGGAACUCUUCGGAUGGCAUCUGUUGAAGGCCAGACCUCUGUGAGUUCAUUGCAGACCAAUAAGAGAACCAUCGGUCAUCGUGGGAUUGACCCCACAGGAGAGACUACAUACAAAAAGACAACUUCAUCUGACCUGAAAGGUGCGAUCCAGCUGGGAAUCAACUACACAGUGGGCAGCUUGAGCCAGAAGCCAGAGAGAGAUGUUCUCAUGCAGGACUUUGAAGUAGUGGAGAGCAUUUUCUUUCCCAGCGAGGGAAGUAAUUUAACCCCUGGACACUGCCAUGUCGACUUCAGGUUUAAGACCUAUGCUCCAAUGGCCUUCCGCUACUUCAGAGAGAUGUUUGGGAUUCAGUCUGCUGACUACCUUAAUUCUCUGUGCAACGAUCCCUUGAUAGAGCUGUCAAACCCUGGGGCAAGUGGGUCUCUAUUUUAUGUCUCCAGUGAUGAUGAGUUCAUCAUUAAAACUGUCCAGCACAAGGAAGCAGAGUUCCUCCAAAAAUUACUGCCAGGGUACUUUAUGAACCUGAACCAGAACAAGCGUACACUGCUGCCAAAGUUCUAUGGGCUCUACUGCAUUCAGGCUGGAGGGAAGAACAUCCGCUUUGUGGUAAUGAACAACCUGCUGCCACGCGCUGUGCCCAUGCACCUCAAAUACGACCUGAAGGGCUCCACGUACAAACGUCGUGCUUCACCAAAGGAGAGAAUGAAGAGCCUUCCCACCUAUAAAGACUUGGACUUGAUGCAAGACCUGCCUGAGGGCCUACUACUGGAGACAGAUCACUACAAUGCACUCUGCAAGACCAUCCAACGAGACUGCCUGGUGCUGCAGAGCUUCAAGAUCAUGGACUAUAGUCUACUGGUGGGGAUUCACAAUGUGGACCGGGCUGGAGACGAGGCAUCCAUGCCAGUGCCAGAUCAGAAGAGGAAUCCGGGCCAGAAGCCCCUUUACUGCACGACCAUGGAGGCGAUCCAGGGGGAGGUCAAGGGCAAGGCUGCACCACAGUACAGUGAGAGUCAAUGUAGCACAGGAGGAAUGCCAGCACAUAACCCAAAGGGGGAGAGAUUGCUGAUCUUUAUUGGUAUCAUUGACAUCCUCCAGUCCUACAGGUUUGUGAAAAAAUUGGAGCACUCGUGGAAAGCCUUGGUUCAUGAUGGGGAUACAGUGUCUGUACACAGGCCUGGCUUCUAUGCAGACCGCUUCCAGAAGUUCAUGUGCAAUACCGUUUUCAGGAAGUCUUCAUUGAAAACAUUCCCUCCUAAGAAGGUGCGAGGAGUCCUCACGGGGCAACGCAAGGCAAGCACUGCAGUGACUGGGCAAACCCAGCCUGGUCAGCCGUCAGUUAUGGUAGUGCAGACAAAUGCAGAACAAACUCAGCCAGAUGAGGACAGCACCAGUGCUGUGUCCCCCACCUCAGAGACACCAGGAAGUGGCGAGUGGAAUAGCAAAAGCUAAAUUGCUCUAAUAAGGAACAGAGAUAUACUGCUUUAAGGGAGACGGCCAAAGGUUUUUUGGACGGACAUCAGCAGAAAUAAAGUAUGAGGAAAAACAAAGGAUACAGAAAGUACUUUACACUGCAGCAAAGCACACACAAGCUGUACAAAGGUGUUCCUUGGGUGAUUUCUGCAUCCAGGGUUGCUGCUAAAAGACAUUAUGCAAAGUACGAUGUGUGUUAGCAAUGACAAAUGCCAAAUAUGAAAUCUUUGAAAUACUGUUAUUUUAGGCCUCUAUACACUGCAUGCAGAAUUAUAUAGAAAGUUUUUGUUUGUUUUUCAUGAAUAUGGUUUAACACUGAGCCAUAAAGGUUCCCUUGCUAGGAAUAAGGAGAGGGGAAACGGACUGCUGUGAUUGAACAAUUCCACUAAUGAAGUUGAUGAUAGAGGGUGUUUGUUUUUGUUUUGUUUUUUUGUUUGUUUGUUUGUUGUUGUUGUUUUUUUUAAGUGUUUAGUAUUACAUUUUGUUUGAAAUUUGCAGGAACUGGAAAUUCAGACUAGUUUUAACUAUGAAAAAGGCAAGGUACAUUUUCCAGUGUGACCCAUAUUUAGUCUGCUCGCUAUUAAAUGUUCUGGAGAGGCGCAGUAUUAAGGGACGUGUACAAUAUGUAGUUGUAGAGAGCAGAGUAGGGUGGAAAAUAUCUCAUCACGGUUUCUGAUUCACGAUAUACAUGACAAGAUAACAAAUUGCUCGCAAAAUAGUAGCUGCAUUUUUAAAAAAAAAUAGUUAAUUGAUGCUUUCAUUUAACAAUAAAUAAAUGUGGAAAAAUGUAAACAUUUGUUCAAAAUUGUAACAUUUUACAGUUUUAAAGAUCCAGUAAAAAAAUUGUAAGAUCUAAUCAGCUGCAUUAGAUCAGUAAAAUACAGAACAUACUGUACACGCUAAGGUAAGGGUAUUGAGACAUCAUUUAGAUCGAUAGCGAGAUUACAGUGCUACAGCAGAUCUUAUUUAAUCUUAAGCAGAAGACUCAGAGUUAGUGUUGGAAAAUAGUUGUAGAAAUAUUGUGACUUAUACAAUACUUUAACCUAUCAGUACAGUAUACCAAUGCCUGCCAGAUAAAAUGUGCAUGUUUACUUAACUAUUUAACUAUUAUUCUCAAUGACCGAGCUCACGCCUUAAGAAAUAUUCCUUUGCGUACAUUCUGCUUCAGCUUUUUUUUCUUUUCUUUUUUUUUCUUUUUUUUCUUUCUUUUUUUUUUUUUUUUUAAAGAUAAUUGUAUGCAAAUAAUAAAAACUAAAGCUUUCUGGCUAUGUUAAUUGAGAUCAAAAUGGGGUGUGUGAUUUUGGCAUGUGCUACAUGAAUUAUGUUGCCAUUAAUUAAUUUACAUGAUGUGUAUUUUCUUUAGUCAUUAUUUAAAAAGCUAUCUCAAGUUAGGUAUAGUUUAAUAGGCAAAUGAAUAUAUUAUGUGCGAUGUAAAAUCAGGUACAAUGGGCCUCGUUUAUCAAGCUUGUUAGUAAAUUGUUAGCAUUUCAGAAACACGUUCGUAUGCUACUCGUGCUCCUGAGUGUGUGUAAAUUUACUUAUAAGAAGAUUAACCCAUAAACCUCAACUUGAUCGACUUCAAAUCAUAUCAUAUUUGCAUGGAUUACUGCAGUUUUAUAUUUGGAAUAUAUGAUUGGGUAAAAUUGUUUAUUUUUAUUGGGUUUACAGGGUUUAACAUCCUCAUGCUAGUUCCCUAGGUCAGGGACUAAGAGCACCAUCAGGAAAAUUUUGUGAAAAAUUUAACUUAACAACUGCCUCCACUGAUGGAAGAUUUAGUGCUUGCUUAUUAUUAUUAUUGUUGUUAAAUAUUUUAUUGGCUCACCUGUGAGUCAAAAUAAUUUCCACUUCUGUGUUUCAGGCUUUACCCUGAUUGUUCAUUUCAUGCUCCCAGCUCUGUGCACUUGACCUUUUAUGGAGUUUGUGGGCGUCACUAAAUGCAAAUAAGCUGUGUCAGGAACACGAUUUGCACUUUACAAGUGAUCAAAGCUGGCAGCUGUAAAUCUGGCACACAAUUCUAGUUCACUUUGGCUUACGGAAACAUUUACACCCAUCUGCUAAAAGAUUGAUAAAUGAGGCCUGAUGUGAUAAAUACGCAAUAUAGAUUUGAGAGUACACCUAUUUCUUUCUGCUUUGUCUUAUUGCUAUCGUAGUAAGCCUUGUGAACUGUUUAUCAAAAUGGUGCUGUCAGAGUUUCCUUAAAAUAUGAUAUCAACAUUUUAUUUUUGGGGUAUGUAUUUGUUUUAUUUUUGACAAAAUUGGAUUUUUAAGAGCCUUUCUUAGCCUUGAUAUAACAGAGACUGUUUUAUACACACACAUAUGCACUUGCUUUGAAAAGUUUACAUAUUUUAAUAGUGCCUUAAAUAUUGAUAUUUGAUUUUCAUAAAGUAAGAUUUAUGAACAUUGAGGAAGAAAAAUUACUGUUGAAUUGGAAUUCAAUCAUGGCCAUAUGUGAUUUGCAGUAAAUAAUCUCAGAGUUUUGUGUGGCAACAAAAUAAAUAAUCCACUAUAGGAAAGCAGCCUGGGAAAACUGUUAUUUAUUUAUCUAUAUUUCAUUUAUUUUAAUAAGUUCUGUCUGUGGGUUUAUGCAAUACAGUAAAAAAAAAUGCUGAGGUGUUUCCUAGUUGGAAUUUGUACCGAAAUACAAUGUAACAGACUUUUGGUUUUAAGGUGAAUCUUCAUUUAAUACAAUCUGCAUAUUUUUACAUUGUUUGUAUGUAUUAUAUAGGAUAGUUUGGGUUUUUUUUUUUUUUUUUUUUUUUUUUUUUUUUUUUUUUUAAAAUAUAUAAUGUGGUGGCCCAAAACCUUGCUAAGACACUUUAUACUGUUUUUGUUUCCCUUUAAUUUGUCAUUUGUGUAGCUCCUUAAAAUGAGGGCAAUAAAAGCAAUUGACAAAUCAA